AGCCUUCUCUCUGUUUUAAAGUGGAAGAUGGUCCGGUCAAAAAGAUCUGCAGCAGUACUUGACAAUCAUCGGGCAACGGGGAAGUCAAGAAUGCGUCCAAGAACCAGACCCCUGAUGAAAACGUACAUACAACCAACGCCCACGAUUAGCAUAAAAAAGACAGACAUUAAACCCUCGGGUCCUGCAUCAACAGAUGACUCCGACGAGUCGACCCCGACCGGAUGUAAGUGUGACAAUGAGUCUGGACAGGGUGAUAGAGAACCCGAGUCAGAAUCCGUAGAAGACAUGGAUGAAACAGAACACGACACAGAGGAACUUGGGCGAUGCACACCAGAAAUCAACGAACCCGAGAGUGAAGAAACCGACGCCUGUCGUUCCCUGAGCCAAACAUCAGGAAGUUUUAACCUCCAGUCUCAGGAAACGUUUAUUCUGAACCCAUCAACGAGUGCAGGGUGCGUGGAUGACCUGGACCCUUUGCCUACAAUCACCCCAAUGCCUAGCAUGUUUUGUGACAUGGAACCUACGCUGUCUCACAACAGAUCAUUACAGUUACACCGCAAUCUUACAUUUCUCAUCGCCAGAAGACGACUGAUAUAUUUCCAGGAUGAGGAGCGGAUGCGUCAGCUUGAUGUAGACAUUGCAAAGCUCAAAGGUGAGAUCCAGAUCAUGAAGACAGAGUUCCAGCGACUGACACAGAAGGCGCUACACACAAAGAAGGCUCUUGGCGCAUCCGGGGAACACAGUAGCAUCCAACCGAAGCCGAAAUUAAAAACAUGGAGAACCAUUUAAUUUAUCAUGACGCAUCGCAGGUUGUACAAAUGUAUAUGGCAUAUUCGAACACAUUGUGAUAUACAGCUGUGGGAUACUUGUGUCUUUAUUAUCAGACGAGCAUCGUCCGAUCUUAUGUACAGCGCAGUGCAAUACAAGGAAGCAUCAAUGUUAACCUUGACAUGUAUCUUCAAAAUAAAAAUAUAUGAGACAGUCGA